AAUUACAGAGGUCACAUGACGUCGAGGAUUAUAGGCUCUUACUGAUGGCAAGUAGGGAAGCGUAUCUCAAAGAAGAGGGUUGGAUUUGCAAAAAUACGCUCCAUACCACUCUGAGAGACGCGCGUAACAUGAUGGUCAUGAGAAGUAUAGUAGAACACGGAUCCGGUACGCAAUGACCACAGCAUAGGAGGGCAGUGAGGGCGGUGACGACUUGCAACUGUUUCUUCGCGCCAGCGCAUUCGUUAAUGACAAGCAUAUUGACAAAACCCGUUCGUCGAGCGCGUCUUGUGUGGCUGGAGAGUGUUGGCGCCGGAAAAGUGCCUUAUUUUGAUGUCAAGCAUUCUUUUCUUUUCAAGUUCGCUGCUCGUAACAUUUUUACCCCGAACGAUGAAAAAACGGUGGUGCCACCGCCGCUAGCUUCAUCGGAGUCCACGACAGAGAACGGACGACACCGUCCAAUUCACAGCGAACGCCCCAGCUGAUGAGUCUUAAAGUGACCGAAAUGCAGAGAGUUCUGUUCUCUUCCUGCGUUCUCGUUCCCCGGGCUUCAGACGAAGCGUUUCAGGUGGCAGAGGUUUUCUUGGGAUCAUUCUUUGCAUUCCGGGGCAACCUGCCACGGCCGUGGUGCCCAAGGAAAGGCGAGGCCGGAAGGUGCCAGCCAAGUCUGUGCGAGCAGUUGGGUCGGGGUCGAGAAAUUCUUUGCUUCCUUUGUCUUGUCCUUUUUCUCCCUGGCCAGACAAAAUUUGCGGGGAAAUCUAAGGCGCUCUUGCGCUUCGGCUUUGCAGUUCGAGAAAAUACCGGAGGGUGCGCUGUUCGUGGCACCUGUGCCGCGUGAGAAGGUCGUGCCUAGCUCGCGUGCACUAGCAAGGCCAGCAGUCCGGGGUUCCUGUGGAUCCUUGAAACGAAGCCACUUUGCAAAGGUGUUUCCCUGCACACGGACAGCGUUUUUUCCGAGUCUCUGGCUCUAUAAAACUGUGUCAUUCGCCCUCUUGCUAGGUCGCGCAAAGAAGUUCCGCAUCGACAAUUUUCAGGCGCAGAGGCUGCUCCUGGCACUCCGAGCGAUCAGUAUCGGCAGCCUGCCUCUGUGAAGGUUCCGAUUUUAGAAAGCAGAAAUUUCGGGGGGAAACUUCACAAAAUACACUGGGCUUUGACGAGUACACCAUCAGGUCGAAGCCGCGCCUUCUCCGUCUCUCGUACCAAGUUCAGGGCGUCGUUUUUUGUGGAAGCUUUGCCGAGGCAUCCAUGCGUAGACGGCCCUUCGCAGCGAGCGGGUGAAUUCUACGACUGGUGUGUCUGAGAGCAUGGUCGAACUAUGAAUGCUACGCAAGCAGUAAAAGCUCCGAAAGUUGUGAAAGCGACGCGAGCUGCGAGAGCGCCUGUGUGGGUUUGUCGCGAAUGUGAAUCGUUUUGUGUUUCUGUGGUUGUGUGUAGCUGACCGCAGAUGUCUUGGGAACUUCAUGGCACCUCGCUUCGCCGCGCGGCAACAUGCUUCCGCGGUUGUGAAUGGUUUCCUUGGACAACCCAUGCCAGAGGUAGAAACGUUUCUUUCGACCCUUUUCUUAGAGCCGUUCUGUACCCUGGACAGCCCAGGCAAAGGCCCGUGCAACAAAGCACGCUGGCGCCUUGAUCGCCUCGAGAGUCGCGCGGGUGUCCGUCCGACGGAAAAUCAUAGAAACCCCCUUUUCUGAAACGUAGAAACACAUAACUCGCUGCAUCCUUUGAAGUUUCGGGGAGAGAACCCUCGAAUUCGAGACAUGGCGAAGACGAGUGUGGCACCAGGCCCUCCGGGCGGAGUGUCUCGGCUUUCCGCUUGCGAGGCGCCUUUUCCGGCCGCGCAAAGUCACGCCGACAACGUGCGCGUUCUGGGGUCUUGGCCGGCCGAUUUGAGAGAUAUUUCUGAAAAGUCUUUGGGGAAAAGAGCCACAGACGUUGAGGCUAAGCCGGUAAAACUGCUUCAGCCCACGAGUGUGUUCUCUGAAAACCCAGAUUCUCUUGGCGCGCCUCUGGUGUACCUCCCCUUGAGCAGUCCCUGCUGGGAUGUGCGACACCCCUCUCCGGAGACAGGACCCGCCCCGUGUGUGACGAAACUGCAGCCAUCUUCCGCCAUCGGAAAGACAUCCAGAAACAACGCGAAAGCAACGUUUCCACCCGUCACUCACACUGCUGGGUGGCCGUCACCGCGGCUGGCGGAAAGUGCAUCGAAAGACCUCGGGGACAGGGAAAGACCCAGAGACAACGAGGCAGCACCGCUGUCUCCUGGCAGGCCUAAGAUACAUCACGCAGCGAGCGGAGGGAAAAUCGUUUCGUCUUUGAGUCUCGAACUUCAGACUUCUCAGUCUGGCGGGAUUUUGUCAGGCACUGCAGAUCCUCACUCAAGCUCAACUGGGACCACCGGUGCCCGCGAGGGAACCCGACUUAAGGCUCGUGGGGCGUGGGGGUCGGAAACCCCAAGCCUCCAGGCUGCAGCCCCGGUAGAGAACUUUGACUUUUCUGAAGGGAGUCCGAGGGAAGUCUUCUUUCAAGGCGCUCUGUGUGCAGGAACUGCCCCGCUUUCCCCGGAGAGUUACCGCACGGUCGCCGAGUACAUUCGGCAAACCUACGGCGGGCAGGUCACUGCGGCGGGGGCCGAGAGCGUCGACACUUUGCAGGGAAACGAAUGUCUCUCUGUAAAGGCGGGAGCGAAGACUCCUCGCUUCGGUGUCCUCUUCACCAAAGUGCCUUCGGAUCGCUCCCAGGUGGCUUUCUCGGCCGCGCAGCCGCAAGCGCAGAAGAUCGGCUUCAGGCAGAGUGGGAACGCGGAUCCGAACGGAAUGGCCACGCCAGACCUCGAGUGUCUGUACUCACAGUAUGUGAAGUCGCAAAGCGUGUACGAUACGCAGAAGGUGCAGAAUGCAGGUGCACAAGUGGGUCGCUGUUCGUUCGGGAAUCUCCCGACCGCGACUCCGCGCGGGUCGAAACCCUCGCACAGCCUGCCCGCACCGCUUCUGCCUUUCCCCACCGGCAUGUUCUUCUUAACUCCACCAAAAGGAGCGACAGGAAUCGCGCCAACUGUCUCGCCGCCCGUGUCCGGUGGCCAAACUCCGCAACAGCCUGUCCGCCGGGUGCUGCAAACGGCCGCAGCUGCCCAGUUUGCCAAGACUGGAGUCUACCGCGAUAUCCACAUUUCCUCUGUGAAGAGGAAUGUGCCCGCCGUGUCGUCUAAAGAUGCGCGGCAAGGAAAUGUCAGCCUUCGAGGCGCCCCGCCGAAGCAUGCCAUCAAAAAUCCCUGGGCCUUCCUAACGGCGAACCAGGAGAACCGGCCGCCGGGACCGGCACCGGCGGCGAGACCAGCUCUUGUGGCUGCGCCGCGGCCUCUUCCAGGGAUCUCGGCAAAGCCUGUCGCGGUGGAGGGACAGUCGGCGGCAUGCAAGGAAGGCGAGGACGCGCCGCUGGGUCAGCGAUCUUCCGAGUGCAGCGCCCCUCCUCCAGAGGUCCGCGGUGUCUCCGCAGCUUCCACCUGCACGCGGUUGUCAUCGCAUGCAGCGGAAGUGAAGCCGAACGUGAAAGUUCGGCCGGGAUUUACGGCGGCCGCCACGAAGUCGACGACGCAGGCGCCGGGGACUUGCCUCACCCGCGGCACAAUCCCUGCGGUCUCGCAGAAAAAGGAGACAAGCCGCCAAGAACCCUCGGAAGGUUCGGUCUCGAUGCAUGUGCUCCGAGUGUCGCUGUGCGGGAAGAAAACGACGUUGUCGCAUCGCGGGCAGUUGAUGGCGAUGGCGAGUUGCACGGGUGGCGUCUUGCGCGCGUUCACCGCGCGCGACACUGGCGUUCGCGUGGUGGAGUGCAGAGACCACCGGGAACUGGUUUUCCAGUUGCCGACGAAGGAACUCGUUCCAUUCAAGGACAUCUGCAUCGUCGCGCCAAUCAGUCAAGGGAGUUUCGGGACUGUGUCGCGUGCUACGUGGCGAGGCCAGACAGUGGCUGUGAAGCAAGCCCACGGCGUACUCACGCAGGAAGCUCUGCGCUCCAUAGCACGGGAAAUGAACUCGUUCCGGGCCAUGGACGCCCACCCUCACAUCGUCAAGUAUUUAGGCAUGUGCCUCGACCCCGGCUGCGUCGGCAUUGUCAUGGAGUACCUGCCGGGCGGCAGCCUCUUUGAUCUCCUGUAUGAAAACAAGGUGCUGGUGGCGGCGGAAAGACGUCUCGUCCUCUCCCGACAGCUCACUCAAGCUGUCCACUACAUGCACCACGAAAAGCGCAUGGUUCACAGGGACCUGAAAACGGCGAAUCUCAUUGUAGACGGAGUGAGCGGGCUCAAAUUGUGCGAUUUUGGCAAGACUCGCAGUCUGGAAGCGAGUGGCAAACUCCUCCUCGAUGACAACGGAGGCUCGCCGAGAUACAUGGCGCCAGAAUGUUUCGCCACGGGGACGUUGAUUGACGAAAAAGCAGAUAUUUGGGGCCUUGCGUGUUGCCUCAUAGAAAUUUUUGGUGGUCCUAUCCCCUUCGAAGAAAUCCACUCUAACGACGGUGUGAUUGACGCAAUCAUGUGCAAGAGAAUGCGACCCGCCGUCCCCUCGUGGUUCCACCCUGCAGCAAGGAGACUGUUCGAACGUUGUUUCUCAUGGUCCCCGCGUGAGCGGCCAUCGGCUCUGGAGAUUGCAAGGACUCUCGAGCUCUUUACUGCAAGUGACUUGAAUGCGUAUGGAAUGAACACACGACGAGUCAAGUAGAGUAGCUUAGUGCACGCGAACUUGUGCCUGUUUUCAGUCAUGUGCCUCCCGAAAAAAAUCCCAGAUGAAAAAACGAAACGGAAAUUGUGUGUGCCGUGCGUGGAAGCUAGACUAUUUCACCGGUGCAGCCGAUCAACUGGAUCCACAAUUCGCCGAACAGUAAAGGCAAACAAACAAAAUGCUCUCGACGAGGCGUGCGAAGCCAAUUGGCGUCCACGAAUUGCCGUGUAGCUUGUGAAAUGCAACAAAAGUCUUGAGACGCGGGAUUGGAGAGUUAGCGCGGCGAAUCUCGGAGGCGCGUGCUGGCAUUCUUAGAUGACAGCUUUAAAACGCACAGUCGAGUUUCGAAAUUACGAGCAGUUUUCUUCUGGAGAAGACUGCCUUGCUCAGUGCAGAGAGGGAGCGUGUGCUUGUCGAGAUCUUCCCUGUUCAGUUCCUUUUGUCGAGGGAUAUGUAUGUUACGUUGUCGCAGCAGUAAGCUUCUGUAAUGAAUCUACGAGCGGGAGUUGAGGGGAUUUUUUUGUGAGUGAAGGACGACUAGCUCUCGGGGGACAGAGCCAGCAAGCAUCGUGCUUCGCGAUCGCCUGCGCUCCUGUCAGCUGAGUGCCCGUCACGGAACGACAAGCCUGCUCUCCCACGACUGUAUAACUUGUUUUUCGUGUUUUUUAAGCGUAAGCCUCACGGAGAGCUAAGCACAAAAUCAGAGACAAUUUGGGAUGAGUGGCUCGAAAAGUAGUGGCCGUCAGUUGACGCACGUUUCGACAGAAUGGAGUACCGAUCUUUUCUGUGUAUAAAACCACGGCAAGCUCGCAGUCUGCUCCCGCGUGACGCGGGAGGUCAAUUUGUGUCAUCCCACGCUGUGGUGACGACCCCGCUUGUGAAGAAUUGUGUUCAGUUGUUUCAGUUUGUGCACUAUCCCCCAAUUUCUUUUGUGGCUUUUCGCUCAUUUGCUACGGAUGAACAGUGCCUUCAAAUGCCAGACGCCGUGGCGAUCUGUGUCAUUGAGGCAGCGCGUUGCCAUUCGGCACACGCGAGGGACAUCUUCUCCGAUUCAUAUGUUUGUUUUGGCAAGGAGCUCGUGAGUUGACCCUCAAAGCUAUGCGUGCCCGCUUUUAGUUCCUGCGUCGGUGGGUGGCAGCUUCGUAGUAUAUAAGAUGCAUGCGUGUAUAGACUAUACCCUUGCAACACUAAAUGUUUUGAAAAGGGUACCCUCUACCGCGCACCGCUCCAGAACAGUCCGCGGCGCGGUGCUCUGGUUGAGAAUGCGUGUUGGGCAGCGUUACAUCAAAGGUGCAUACUUAUCUAUGAAUCCUUGCAUUCUGCAGUGUAGAUAUCACAACUGGGACUAUGUGCUGAAGCGAUCCGCAGGCGCCGAGCAUCGAUGUGAUAUCUGGCGACACGCAUCGUAAGCGGUGCGCAUCUUUCUGCGUUGUCACUUAUUUACACCAGGCAGUAGCUGCCUUUGCACGUAGUCAGCAUGUUGCAUCUCGUGGCAGAGAACUUGCUGCAUUCCUCGGUGCCAACCUUGUCCAAACACUGAUAAUGACCUGAGCUA